AUGUCUGACACCGCUGGAAAAUCUAUUUUUUGUAAGGCUGCUGUGGCUUGGGAAGCUGGUAAGCCAUUGACCAUUGAAGAUGUUGAAGUUUUGGCUCCUAGAGCCCAUGAAGUCAGAAUCAAGGUGUUGAACACCGGUGUUUGUCACACGGAUGCUUACACUUUGUCUGGUGUUGAUCCAGAAGGUGCUUUCCCAUGUAUUUUGGGACACGAAGGUGCUGGAAUUGUUGAAUCUGUUGGUGAAGGUGUCACUAACGUCAAGGUUGGUGAUCAUGUGAUUGCUCUUUACACUCCUGAAUGUGGUGAGUGUAAGUUCUGUAAAUCUGGUAAGACCAACUUGUGUGGUAAAAUCAGAGCUACUCAAGGUAAAGGUGUUAUGCCUGAUGGUACUUCUAGAUUCAAAUGUAAGGGUCAAGAUCUUUUGCAUUUUAUGGGAUGUUCCACCUUCUCUCAAUAUACCGUUGUCACUGACAUUUCUGUUGUGGCCUACAACCCUAAAGCUGAAGCUGACAAGACUUGCUUGUUAGGUUGUGGUAUCACUACAGGUUACGGUGCAGCCACUAUCACAGCUAAUGUUCAAGAGGGUGAUAAUGUUGCUGUUUUUGGUGCUGGUUGUGUUGGUUUAUCAGUUGUUCAAGGUGCAGCCGCUAGAAAGGCGGGUAAGAUCAUCGUUGUUGAUAUCAAUGAUAAAAAGGAAGAAUGGGCUACCAAGUUUGGUGCUACUGAUUUUGUUAACUCUGCCAAAUUACCUGAAGGUACUACUAUUGUUGAUAAGUUGAUUGAAAUGACCGAUGGUGGUUGUGAUUUCACUUUUGAUUGUACUGGUAACGUCAACGUCAUGAGAGCUGCUUUGGAAGCUUGUCACAAGGGUUGGGGUACCUCUGUUAUCAUUGGUGUAGCCGCUGCAGGGAAGGAAAUCUCCACCAGACCCUUCCAAUUGGUCACCGGUAGAGUAUGGAAGGGUGCUGCUUUUGGAGGUGUUAAGGGAAGAUCUCAAUUGCCAGGAAUUGUUGAUGAUUACUUGGAUGGUAAGAUUAAGGUCGAAGAAUUCAUUACUCACAGACAUCCAUUAGAAAAGAUCAACACCGCAUUUGAAGAUAUGCACAAUGGUGAUUGUAUCAGAGCCGUCAUCAACAUGUAA